AUGUCUAAUUCCGCGACGAAGAAAGUUAAAGUUAGCGAUAAUGCACGCAAAGACAUGCUCAACGAUUUACCAGAUUGUAUUAUCCUUCACAUACUCUCUUUUUUGAAUACCAAACACGCAGUUACAACCUGCAUUUUAUCCUCAAGAUGGAAGAACCUCUGGAAAUCUCUUCCUGCUCUAAUUUUCCGUAGAUCCGAUUUUCUAACUAACAAGAUAUUCACCGAAUUCGUGUCUAAGGUUUUCUCUCUUCGCGAUUCAUCAGUCUCAUUACACACUCUCGACUUUGAGAAUAUAUCUAUUCUCUUGGAGCCUCACAUGCUUACAUGGAUUGUCAAUUAUGCUAUUUUGCACAAUGUUCAACGCUUACAACUUAGUGGAACUAGCGGCAUUGCACAAAUUCCUCUUGCCUUAUUUUCAUCUAAUACUCUAACACAUCUCACCCUUUCUAUUUCCAAUCACGACAUUCAACAAUUUUCUCUCAAUUUGCCGUCGUUAACGUAUCUUAAGCUUUCUACUUAUCACGAUGGGGAAAACCUGUUUCCGAAAUCUCUCAAUUUGCCGGCAUUAUCUACGUUGGAACUAGAUAAUUUUACAUUUUCUGUUGGCGAUAAUGGUUGCGCCAAACCAUUUUCGACCUUUAAUAUGUUGAAGCGUUUGCUCAUUUCUGAUUGUUCAGUGAAAGGCUUGGGAACCCUCUGCAUAUCAAACGCGACUCUCGUCAAUUUUACUAUGUUCAAUGACUUAAACCGCUACUAUAAAAUUGAUCUUUGCACUCCAAGUCUUUCUACAUUUGCUUUUCGUGGUAUUCCUUAUCAGGAUAUCUUUGGGAGCAAUAUUUCUUUACUUAAACAUGUAGAUAUUGAUGCAGGAGUAUUUCCAUAUAGUUCUGGGCCUCCUUUGUUUCUUUUCAAGUGGCUCUCUGAGUUUGCUAAUAUAAAAUCAUUGACCGUCACUGCAACUACUCUUCAGGCUAUCUCCUUAAUUCCUGGUCUGUUGAAGUUUAAGAUUCCUCCAUUGGGUAAAUUGAAGUCAUUGAAAGUGAAAAUUGAUGAAAUUCAAUAUGGACUCCGCAUGAUGUUGUGUCAUUACAAGUUACAUAAUGUCAAGUCAAAGGAAGAAGCUUCCAGGAUAAAGAAAGCAUUUGAUUUAGGAUUGGAACCGUCUCCGCUCGUACCUGAUGGAAUUGUGGACUUCUUGCUUCAAAAUUCACCCUCGGCUGAAGUUGACAUAGCUGAUUGCAGAAAAAAAACCUCUUAG